AUGGACACAGUAGACGCCAACUCUUCGCGAUUCAAGCUAGGGGAUGAUAUUCAUUUUGAUUACAACACCACAAACAAACCAGGAGACAGCCAUAACCAAGCAAACUCCGUGGGAUCCAAAUCCAACGCUAAUACAUCCAAUGCCAGUCUGAAGAAAAAGAAGAAAAAGAAGACGAAAAAGACAACCGCCAAUAUAAGCAACGUAUCGGCACACCUAACCAAUCCUAAUGAAGAUUAUCCUUCGUCAAGAGUAAUAAAACAGGCGCCAAACGGUGACGUAAUUGUUGAAAGUUUGGAAGAAGACCACCAUGAAGAAUCCACUCAUGCAAACUUGUGGGAUAGUGCAUCCAUUGAGGAACAGGAAAAGUUGAAGGAAUUUUGGGAAUCCUUGGAUGAAGACCUGAAACUUGAUUUGGUUAAAAUCGAUAAGAAAUCAAUCAUGGAAAUGUUCAAGAAUGAGACCAGACGACAACAACUACUACUGCAACAACAGCAACUGCUGCAACCGCAUAACCAUGCACAUGCAAACACAAGUAAUACCUCUACCAACAACGGCGCUACUGCAAACACCCCCACAACCACCUCCUCCGCCAACACUACCACUUCCAACUCGUGUGCUUGUAAAUAUUGUGGCAGAAAAAACAAUCUAAUUGAAGAUGAAUUGGAGAACAUAUAUGAUAACCAUUUUGAUGACAUUAUAGAUUUCAUCCAUGAAGUCCGAGAUAUAAAUGAUUUAAAUGCGUUACCGGGAUUACUUUUUGGUGGAUUCCAUAUGUUGGAAGAAGAACAUAAAUUACAAAAGCGACAACUUCGAUUUAAUCAAAAGUUGGAAAUGAUGUCUAAACCAAGCAAAGCCGAUCCGAUAAUAAAUAAGGAUCAGCCGUUGCAACUCAAGGAGGGAUUUGACGAAUCAAAAAUAACUCAAGAUAUAUCAACCACAGAACAACAGAUUUUCAACAAGUUACUUGAUCCAAAACUUUAUGAAGCAUUGGAGAAUAUGGAUUUGGAUAAAAUGAAACAGGAUUCAAAUAUAUCUCAGGUUAAUUUGUUGGAAAAGGCCAACUCCCUAAGACAAAUAGUUCGAGAUUUACAUAAAGCCGAUAAAGCUCAUUUAGAAAAGGGCAUGUCUUUUUUACAAAAUAUAGGAAAAUUAUUCCCGAAAUCAAGUACCACAACCACUUCUGAAACUCCCCAGAAUGAUCAAUUAACCCAAGGAUUGUCUAACUUUGCCGAGGAUUUAUUAAGAAAUGACGGAAACUCAUUCAUAAAUAUGAUGGAGGCAUUAUCUGAAGCCAGAAAUGGUCGUGAAGGAUUAUUGAAAGAUGAUACCAAUCCUCCCGUCUUGCCACCGGCUUGGGUGGAUGAAGAUGACAAGUGUAAUCACCUUCACCAUCACCAUGAAGCAGAACUGGAUUAUGAAGAUUACGACGAGGAAGAAGAGGACGACGAGGAUGAAGAUGAAGAAGAGGAUGAUGAUGAAGAAGAAGACGACAUUCUUGAAGAAGUUAGUGAUACCGAAUCGGAAAUCUCUGAAGAAGAAAAAAUGCAAGAAAUUCGAAGAUUAUUCUUGAUUCAAGUUAUAAAAUUAUUCCAAGAACGGUUAAAGAAUGCUUACAAGGAGAAAAUUUCACAGGAUAGAACUCAAAAAUUGAUUGAAGAAUUGGAAGCGGAAGAAAUGGCCAAGAAAGAACGGGAAUUGAAGAAACUCAAGCAAAAGGAGAAAGCUAAGGAGAAGAAGCGAUUACAACAAUUGGCCAAAGAAGAGGAGAAACGCAAACGUGAAGAAGAAGAAAAGCAAAAGCAAGAAGAAUUGAAGUUGAAACAAGAAGCAUUAAGAGCUGACCAAAAGAGAAGAAAAGAAGAAGCCAGGUUAAAACGUGAAGAAGAAAAGCGGAAACGUAUUGAAGAAUUGAAGAAGAAGGAAGAGGAACACAAGAAGAAAGUGGAAGCUCAACAAAAGCGUGAAGAAGAAGCUAAACGAUUAAAGGAAGAACGUAAGAAGAAACUUGAACAAGAACGUAAACAAAAAGAAGAAGAAAAGAAACAACGUGAACUUAUCAAGAAACAAAAGGAAGAAGAGCGUGAACGUUUAAGACUUGAACAAGAGAAGAAACUUGCCGAAGAAGAAGCUGCCAGACAAGAACAAGAAGAAAUUGAAAGAAAGAUACAAGAAGAAGAGGAAGCACUUAAGAAGCAAGAACAUAUUGAAGCCAAGAUUUCCUCAAACCAUUUAUUGAACCAAUUAUAUCAGGCUAAACCAGGAUCGCAAUCAAGUUCUUCAACUUCGAUUGCCAACACUGUUCCAAUCCCGCAAGUUACCAGUACUGCACCUAUUGCACCACUCCCACAAGUUGCUCCCGCAAUUAAUCCUCCUUCUCUUCAAUCGUUUGCUACUUCUGAUCCAUUUAUGUCCACAACAGCUUAUCCUAUCAAUCCUACAACCAAUUUAAUCAAUUCUCCGCAAAUUGCUUCGACUGCAUUGAUGGGAAAUGUUGUGCCAACAAGUGCAGUUGCACCAGUCUCAGCUUCGCCAUGGUCAAGCAAAUCAAGGUUGAAUUCAUUGUCCAAUUCUGGACAACAACCACUUUUCCCACAAUUUGCUCAGCAACCUGCUUCUGCUACCGUGGAAAAUGCUGCAGCUGCAGCUGCUACAAGCACUUCUACCAACUUCAGUCCGUUUAAUGCCUUUACCGAUACAUUAUCGCCAGAAUCAUUUAUUGCAACUCCUAUAGCCCCUACUAGUGGUAACAAUAUUUGGAAUCCUACUACUGCAACUACAGUGGCUAGUGGACCAACCACAAGAAAUAGUUCCAUAUGGGGACCAAGCAAUGCAAGUUCAACCACUGGUGGUGUAUCCAUGGGGGCGCCUGCAAAUGCAACUAAUCCGCAACCUGGAUUAUGGGGUAAUGGAAGUACACAAGUUGGAUUAAGUUCUAAUGACACUGAAUUGAUUCAAGCAUCUUCAUUUAGUUGUUUUCAAAUGUUGCAAAAUACCAACCAAUUAGAAUAUGGGGUCGCCCAGAUUAUUAAAUUAUUCCAAGAUGUUGUUUCCAUGAUUAAGUAUCCUGGAUUAACCCUUAAUCAAUAUUUAAACUGCAUCAUGCAGAAAUCGUCAAUUUAUCAAUUUGAUUUCAUAUAUGAUGAUUUUGGAAAUGUUACCCAUGUAAAAGUUGGAUUAGUUGGAUUUGCUAGAACUUCUCCCCCUCCAGUUGCAUCUCAGCAGCAACAGCAACAACAACAACAACAACAACAGUUGCAACAACCAAUUGUCGCUCCACCGGGCUUGACCAAGACUUCUCCAUUCAAUGAUAAUUCAAUCUUGAGCACGAUAGGAGAGUUGAAUUCCGGAAGUAACUCCAUGGUUCCACCAACUCCUACAAAUAAUGGGUUUGGUAGAAGGUUAUGGAAUUAG